CGCCAAAACGUUCCUAGUUUUAUAUAGUUACACGGAAACAGCGUCACUUGCAAGAAAGAAUUAAAAAAUGAAAAGUUAGAGCGAAUCCAAUUAAGCACUCCAAGCAAUGAAUUUUCUAUGUUAUCUCGGAGACCGAUACCAUGUCUUGUUGCUAAGGAAUCAUUGACUCCUCCUUUGCAUACACUACUUGAUUGAGAAAAACUUAGUAGUUCACUACACUGCAAACCAUUGUUCUCUUACCUUUCUCUGAAAAUCCAUUCACUUUGCUGUUGUUGAGAUCAUAUCAUCAUGGCUGGUGCACUUGUUGCUGGAGCUUUGCUCUCUGGAUUCAUUAACAUUGUCAUUAACAAAUCCCUUAGAGAGGAUGUGGUCAACCGGGUCUUGGGCAAGAAACUUGGCCCUGGCUUGGUUGAGAGGCUGAAAAUUUCUCUGCAUGCUGCUGAAGCUGUGCUUGAUGAUGCUGAGUACAAGCAACUGGGUGACGAACGCGUGAGGGAUUGGCUCAACAGUCUGAGAGAUGCUGUUUAUGAUGCUGAUGACUUUCUGGAUUCUGUACUCACCAAAGCCGCCACUCAAAAGGAGGUAUGUUCUUUCUUGCCUAGUUUCUUUCUCAACCGAUAUAGGAAGAUGGUAGAUAACAUGGAAGGGGUGGUUGCAAGAAUAGAAUUUCUUGUAAGUCAAAAAGAUAUCCUUGGUCUUCAAAAGAAUACCAAGGAUAAUAACCUGUCAUCAUCAUCAUCAUCAUCAUCAUCAUGGCGAGAAACCACAUGUCUGAUGGAAGGGAACAUAUAUGGCAGGGAGGAUGAUCAACAAGCUUUAAUCAAAAUAAUAAAUGACAACAGUGAAUCUCAGUUAUCUGUGAUUCCAAUUGUUGGCAUGGGUGGGGUUGGUAAAACAACCUUAGCCAAAUGGGCGUACAGUGUCGCGGAGGGAUUUGAUCUCAAAGCAUGGAUCUGCAUCUCUGAAACAUUUGAUGUUGCUGAGAUUACAAGGAAAACCGUGGAGGAAAUUACUAAAAGUUCUUGUGACCUUCGGAGUUUAAAUUUGCUUCAAAAUGAAUUGCAGGAAAUCUUGUCGGGAAAGAAGUGCUUUAUUGUUCUAGACGAUGUCUGGAGCGAAGAUGCCGAUAAGUGGAAGCAAUUUAUAACUCCUUUUCAAGGUGGGGCUAAGGGUAGUACAAUUCUUCUAACAACUCGCAAUCAAGAGGUUGCUUCAGUAGUUCAAACAUGUCCCUCUUGCACUCUUAAUGAGUUGUCCGAAGAGUCUUGUUGGUUAUUGUUUGCAGCCAAUGCAUGUUUUCCGGUGUUAAACAGGAACCCAACACUAGAGGAUGUCGGUAGAAAGAUUGUCAAGAAGUGUAAGGGGUUGCCAUUAGCUGUAGAAACACUUGGGCGUUUGUUGCAAGGAAAGGAUGAUGUUAAAGAAUGGAAUGUUGUUUUAAUGAAUGACAUUUGGGAAUUGAAAAAUAGUAAAAUUAUUCCAGCAUUGUUAAUAAGCUACUUCCAGCUACCUCCUUACUUGAAGCGUUGUUUCGUUUAUUGUUCAUUGUUCCCCAAAGAUUACUAUUUUGAUAAACUCAAACUAAUUUUGCUGUGGAUGGCUGAAGAUCUUUUAAGGCCACCAAAGAGAGGAGAGAGUUUAGAAGAGGUUGGUUCUCAGUGUUUUGAAGAGUUAGCUUCAAGGUUAUUUUUUAAACCAGCUGCUAAGGAUUUUCCCGAGAAUUACGUGAUGCAUGAUCUCUUGCAUGACUUGGCAGUAUUCCUUGCUGGAGACUUCUAUUGUAGAAUAGAAGAGUUUGGUGAACAAGAAGAGAAGAAGGUUCUCAUUCGUCAUUUGUCACAUUUGACAUAUGGAAGCUUAGUUCAUCCAAUCUCAAAAGCUUUUAAAUUCAUUGUGAAAUCAGAAUCUUUGAGGACAUCUUUGUAUAUCGAUGAUUUGUUAAGCCUGAAAAGCAGAGCAUCAAAGUUGAAAUACUUGAGAGUUUUAUCCUUUAGUAAACUUGAUGUAUUACCAGAUUCAAUAGGUAAAUUGAUUCAUCUACGCUAUUUGAAUCUCUUUAGGACCAAUGUUAAGACAUUACCAGAGUCAUUAUGCAACUUGUAUAAUCUACAAACAUUAAUAUUGUAUGAAUGUUCUAAACUGGCCAUGUUGCCCGAUGGCAUGCAUAAACUCGUGAAAUUACGGCAUCUUCUCCUUGGUGGAACUUGUUUGAAAGAAAUGCCUAGAGGAAUAAGUAAAUUGAAACACAUGCAUAUUUUAGAUUACUUUGUGGUGGGCAAGCACAAAGACAAUGGAAUCCAGGAAUUAGGAGGGCUCUCAAAUCUUGAAGGAUUAUUUGAGAUUAGGAAGUUGGAGAAUGUUGCUGAUGUCAGACAAGCCAGGAGUGCAAGGAUGUUGGAGAAGGACCGCAUUGACAAGUUAUUGUUGGAAUGGUCUUGGGAUCAUGAGAUGGUUUCAAACACAGAGACUGAGAGAGAUAUACUCGACGGCUUGCAACCGCACAAUGGCUUGAAAGAGUUGAAAAUCAUGGGAUACAAGGGCGAAAGAUUUCCAGAUUGGGUGGGGCACUCUUCUUACAACAAUAUGACAACUGUAUGGCUAUCUUGCAAGAAUUGCUGCAUGCUGCCUUCACUUGGACAGCUGCCAUCUCUAAAGUCCCUGCGCAUUGAAGGUUUUCUUGAGCUCAAGCGUAUUGGUGAUGAGUUUUACAAGAGUGACAGCCAUCAUGAUUCUUCGCCUACUGCACCGUUUCCCUCACUGGAGACGUUGGAAUUUCAUAAGAUGCCAUGCUGGGAGGAGUGGCACGUACCUGACCCAGAAGCUUUUCCUCAGCUUAAGAUACUUCGAAUAGAACGUUGUCCAAUGUUCAAGGGAGAUAUGCUUAAUGGCAUAUUCAGGAGAAGGGUUUCUUGUUUGUCGGAUGUUUCGAAAGUAGAAAUGCGGGAAGAUGAUGAAGCUGGUGGGGAUGAUUUAUCAAUAAGGGGAUCUCAAUCAUUUAAUGCAAGGACGAUCAACCAUCUGUGUUGCCUCCAAGAACUACGUAUUUCAGGGUGUCCGUCAAUUGUAUCCUUGUCGUUGGAUGUCUUUCCCAAUCUCAAGAAUUUGGAGAUAUUCAGUUGUAGGAAUCUGGAAUCAGUGUCAAUUUCAGAUCCACCACACGCUGCUCUUCAACGUCUCAUAUUCAGGAGGUGCUCCAAUUUAGUGUCAUUUGCAGGAGGACUGGCUGCACCCAACUUGACUCAGCUCACCAUCUUUGAUUGUCCGGAGUUAGUCUCAUUUGCAGGAGAAGGAGUGGCUGCACCCAACUUGACUCAUCUCGGCCUCUCAAAAUGCGACAAAUAUGUGCUGGAUGGCGGAGGGUGGUUUACCGCCAAACUUGAAAUCACUUUUUGUGGGAACUAG